GCAGACGAUUACUGUUGUUCUCGCAUAGCGGCUUAUUCCUCUCUCGCUUCCUAUUCCCCAAGUCAGCACAGCACAGCACAGCACAGCAAGCGUGUGUGUGUUAGGGGUAAUCCCAAUAUCGUCUCCUACUCAUCUCCAUCUCAACCUCUACCUGCAAAUCCCCUCAUAAUGGUAGUACCCAAGUCCCAAGAAAAACAUUCGCAACACCACAACCACCUCUCCUAUCCACCUCGAAAAUGGUAUCGCAAAAUCCCCUUCAUCCGCGACAUUUCCUCGCAAACUCUCCUCGACGAGAAUGGAAACAAACGCCCAACUCCCGAAAUCACGACAAAUCUCUGGAAUCGAUUAUUUUUCAACUGGCUGAAUGAAUUAAUCGCGUUGGGUUACUCGCGACCGUAUGCGAAAGAAGAAAUUUAUUUAUUGCCGGAAUCGAGCGAUUCGUUGUUGUUUGGUGAGAUGCUGGAUCGAUAUUUGGCGAGAUAUCAACGAGAAAUAAAAGAGGAGGGGGAGGAGGAGGAGGCUGCUGCUUCUCAAAAUCAAAAUGAGAAGAAGAGAAAGAAAAAAUGGUUUCGACCAAACUUCUUAAAUUCUCCUUCCUGGCGCCUAACUCGAGCCAUCAAUUCCACCAUUUUCACAUGGUUCUGGAUCGGCGGCUUAAUCAAACUUCUCGCAGACUCUGCAACAAUUUGUUCUCCUCUCCUCUUACGAGCCAUAGUCCAAUUCCUGACCAAAUCCGAAAAAAAUCGCAAAGCAGGGAAUCCCGAGCCCUCCUUAGGCGAGGGGAUGGGACUCUCCAUUGGUCUGGGAGCUUUACUCGCAUUUGGCGUCAUGGCAAAUGUGCAUGGUUUCUAUCGAGGGUAUACCAGUGGAAUUCUCCUUCGAGGAGCACUCAUUAAUUCUCUCUUUCGUCGAACGGUCGAGUUUUCGCCACUGGAGCGGACGAAAUAUAAUCUCGCUGCGAGCAGAAUUGUCAGUCUGAUUAGCACGGAUGUCAGUCGGAUAGAUUUUGGUCUGGGAUAUUUCUGGUCUUUCUGGACGGGCAUUGUGCAGAUUCUCAUCUGUCUCGGCCUCGCGGUUUCGUCGCUGGGUCCGAGUGCGUUGGUCGGGUUUGGGCUGAUAGCAGUUUUGGUUCCGACGCAAAGUACGAUUGGCAAACAUCUCUUUGUCCUGCGGAAGAGGAGUAUGCCUUUUACGGAUGCUCGUCUCGCUGCGAUCAAUCAAGCGCUCGAGUCGAUUCGGCUGGUGAAGGUGUAUGCUUGGGAAGAGGCCAUUCUGAGCAAAAUCGCCGAGCACAGAUAUGAUGAACUUCGACUGCUUCGUAGUCGGCUGCUUCUACGCGCCUUCAACAUUGCACUUUCGUUCAGUGUUCCUACGCUCGCUGCAGUGGUCGCCUUCGUCACUUACGCAGCUCUGGGCAAUGCACUCGAUGCCGCUGAGAUUUUUUCCACUUUGACCCUUUUCAUGCUCUUGAGAACUCCUCUACAGUUGCUUCCGGUGGCUCUUGGUGCCAUCACAGAUGCAGCCAGUGCCAUUCAACGAGUUUCUGCUGUCCUCGACACCCCAGAACCAGACAGUACCCUUCCCAUCGAUCAUCAAUUGGAAAAUGCUGUCGAACUUGAUUCCGCUUCCUUUUCAUAUCGUAUUCAUGACGAAAUGGAACAUUCGAACAGCGGGAAUGAGAAAGCUCCGCCCGAAGAGCGACAGACUUUCGCACUCGAAAAUCUCACUCUUCACGUCCGACGCGGUGAGCUCCUCGUCAUUGUCGGACCUGUGGGCUCAGGUAAAUCAACGGUCCUGGGCAGCCUUGUUGGCGAGACUCGUUUCGAAGGCGGUCGCGCAGUUCUUGGUUCAGAAGUCGCAUACGCACCACAACGUGCCUGGCUCAAAAGUGCCUCGAUCCGCGAGAACAUCAUCUUCGGCCGUGAAUGGGAUGCGCAACGGUAUCAAGAAGUGCUCGACGCAUGCUCUUUGGCUUCGGAUCUUGCAAUCUUCCCCGAAGGUGACCGCACUGUCAUUGGAGAAAAGGGUCUAUCACUGUCGGGUGGACAAAUCCAGCGUGUGGCUCUUGCACGAACCAUCUACAAGCCCAGCCGUCUGUUACUUUUGGAUGAUGUCUUCUCCGCUCUGGAUGCUCGAGUACAAGCAUUCGUGUUUCAAAAGGUUGUCCUGGAGCGAGAUCCAGGCACAGCUCUCGUCCUGGUCACUCACUCAUUACACCUUUUGCGCCACGCAGACCGAGUAUGUUGUCUGUCUGAUGGGAAGAUUGUAGAAAUCGGAUCUUUCCCCGAGCUGAUGCAGAAGCCAAACGGCGAGAUGAGAAGACUUGUUGAAGAUUUUGCAAGCCAGUCAGUUGCCGAGUCACAACGCGAGAAAGAGCGCAUAGCCAAGGAGGAGGCCGCACGAAUUGCCAAAGGCGAGGCUGUCAACAGCGGCGAGGUGGCUGACACGAAGGAGAUUGAUACAAGCAAGCCUAUCGUACCUGACACCGAUACAGUCAGUCGAGAGAAGCCCAUUCCCGCUCCCGACCAGAAUAACACCAGCGGUAAAGCCAUCAUGCAGACCGAAGAACGAUUCGUGGGAUCGGUGACAUGGCGCACAUAUGUCGAAUACAUACGAAGAGGCAAGCCCACAGUGACCUUGACUCUGUUCGCCAUCUCCGUGCUCGUCUUCCAGGGUGGCAGCAUACUCAGUCCUCUGUGGUUGCAGUGGUGGCAAGAAGACAAGUACACCAACAUCGAUUCUGGUGUAUACAUGGGCGUAUAUGCAGCGCUGGGCAUUGCUCAAGCGAUUGGGCUCCUGUGUAUGUCUGCCUCGUUCGGCUUCUUCAUCUUCUACAGCGCAAGCCAGAUCCACGCCAAUGCCGCACGCAGUGUCCUCUUCGCGCCCAUCUCGUUCUUUGACACGACACCACUGGGGAGGAUCAUUGCUCGCUUUAGCAAGGACACGGAUUCCAUAGACAACGUCAUUGGAGAGGCGUUUCGAAUGCUGUUGAGUACGACUGCACAAGUCGUGGGUGCUGUGGUACUGAUCUCGAUGCUCUUGCCAUGGUUCUUGCUUGCAGUCUUCGUCAUUCUGUGCAUGUUCAUUGUCCUAGGCAUGUACUAUCGUCCAUCGGCGAGAGAGCUCAGACGACUGGACGCUCUGUUACGGAGCCCCAUCUACGAGCACAUUACGGAGUCCUUGGCAGGCAUCACGGUCAUUCGGUCCCUGGGGGCACUCAAAACCACAGUCGACCGCAAUACCAGCAACAUCAACACAGAAAAUGCACCCUAUUGGCUGUCUGUCGCUUGCCAACGUUGGUUCAGCGUUCGCCUCGACCUACUUGGGGUCUGUCUGGUUCUACUUGUAGGCAUCAUUGUCGUCGCGAGUCGUGAUACAUUGUCUGCAUCACAGGGCGGCCUUGCUUUGAGCUAUAUUGUGACAGUGCAGAGUGUUUUUGGCUACAUGAUCCGCCAGUCAUCUGAGAUUGAGAACAAUAUGAACGCGAUAGAGCGUCUGCUCUUUUACUCAACCCAGGUGCCUCAAGAACCUCCGCAUACGCAGAGAGACGACCAACAGCUUGCGAGCCAGCGAUGGCCGACUCAUGGCGCCAUUGAGAUGGAAGAUGUGGUGUUUACACAUCGAAAGGGUCUGCCACCUUCUCUCAGAGGCGUCAACAUCGCGAUUCCUGCUGGCAGCCGGGUAGCGCUUGUCGGUCGCACAGGAUCCGGCAAAAGCACUAUGCUCGCGGCGCUGGUGAGGAUGGGCGAGGUGACGAAUGGGAAGAUCCUCAUCGAUGGAGUAGACGUCAGCACCAUUGGCCUCAAUUUAUUACGAAACAAGAUCGCAUUCAUGCCACAAGAAGCAGCUCUCCUGAAUGGGACCCUGCGAUACAACCUCGAUCCAUUCGGUGAGCACGACGACGCGGACCUAUGGCGUGUGAUUCACCAGGUGGGACUGGCUUUCACUGCAGCGAACGACUCGGAGAGCUCCACAGAAAAUCUCACCAAGAGUGAUGAUGUGAUUGACGAGAAGGAAAGGAGGUAUUUCAACAGUGGAGCAGCUCAGCACCAUCUGUCUCUGGACACGAUGAUCGUUGCUGAGCGCGGGAACUUGUCCUCUGGUCAACGUGCUCUAAUAUCGCUUGCACGUGCAUUGAUCAAGGAGGCGUCGAUCUUUGUGUUCGACGAGGCAACAGCAGCCAUGGAUAUGGAAUCCGACCACCAUGUCCAGCAAGUCCUCCGAGCUAAUCUCAGAGGCAAGACAACCAUCAUCGUGGCUCAUCGCCUGGACUCCGUCAUUGGCAGUUCGGACAUCAUUUUCGUCAUGGAAGAUGGCAAAGUAGCUCAGGCUGGUCCACCGCUCGAGCUGUAUCGCGAAGGCAGCGGGCUGUUUCACACGCUCUGUGCCAAUGCGGGAAUAUGUGAUGAUGAUAUUGUAGCAGCAUAUGAGCGAUUUCAUAGCGACUAAGCAAUCUAUAGCGAUCCCAGUGGUCUUGUGAUCUGAUCCCGUCGAAGCACAGUACAGAGCAUUCACCUAUGGGACCGAAGGCAGUGCGAGCAUUCACGUGAGCCCGGAUGUAGUCGUCCACUUCCCGAAGCCCAACGGCGCCCGUAGUGACAGCACGGCCUUGGUAUUCCGCGCAAGCAGGUCGUCGGACUUGGCGUGGUUGCAUUUCCUCUCGGGGCUCGCUCUUAUCACGACCACGUCGACGGGCGGACCAGCGCUAAUGCGGCGGCUUCACAUAUCCCUGCCCUGGUUCACUCAGCGCUUGUUAGCGUCGCAGGGCAAUAGAACUAAUGCAGGCCCCAUAAUAGUUCCAACCACCAUGCAACGUUCUCCUCAACUUCAAUCAAUCGAUCAGAUGAUCAGAUAAAAAUCCUCCUGCUUCGGCCGCUAGAUGUCCAGGGUCUGCAUAUCUAAUCUGAUGAAAAUUCUGAUCGUUUCUCUUGGCGCUAUGUCGACAGAGGCACGGCACGGCACCCGGGUCCCCUCAUUAUCCCCUCCUCGCAGGUCUUCAGAAGUUGCAUAGGUACCUUAGUUGUGAUCGUCCAGGAAUCCAGCAAUCCAGCACUCUUUUGCUUCCAGCAACAUGCCACUGACCAAUGCCGUUCCGUACGACUUUCCGAGCUCAGCGAGCAAUGGGCAGACAAACAUGUCAUCGAAUGGAUUCUACGAGGCAAUGAGUGGUGUCGAACAAGCAACGGACGCUUCCAAAUCGACCAGCUCUCUCCUGGAACGUGCUGGAGAUGACGAGCUCCACGACAUUGUCUGUAUCGGGUUCGGGCCAGCCGCACUUGCAAUUGCGGUUGCUCUCAACGAUGCCAUUGCAGCCAAAGAUCCCAGCUUGAGAACCCUGAGGCCCAAGGUCCGCUUCAUUGAACGCCAGCCGAGCUAUCAAUGGCACCCUGGAAUGCUGCUCGAAGACAGCAAGAUGCAGAUCACCUUCAUGAAAGAUCUCGCGACGCUGAGAAACCCACGAAGCCACUUCACAUUCGUGAAUUAUCUUCAUAACCAGCAACGAUUGGUCCAAUUCACCAAUCUGGGCACAAUGCUCCCCAAGCGACUGGAGUACAAUGACUACAUGCGUUGGUGUGCAAGUGCGUUCGAAGAUGUCGUAGACUAUCAUCGCAGCGCAGGGCGAAUUGACGCUAUAGAGAGCACUUCCUCAAGCGCUGCAGUGCAGGCCUUCCGAGUAGUAUCGACCUGUCACAAGACUGGAAAGACAUCUGAGCUUCGAGCAAAGCAUGUCAUCAUCGCCGUCGGAGGCAAGCCAUAUAUUCCGGAGGCUUUGAGGUUCUCUCACCCACGAAUCAUCCACUCGUCUCAGUACAUGACAGAAGCUGCAAGUCUUUUCCAGAAUGGCCAGCAACCACAACGAAUAGCAGUCGUCGGAGCCGGGCAAAGCGCUGCUGAGAUCUUCUACGAUAUACCAUCGAAGUUUCCCGGUGCGCAAUCAGUCCUGGUGACUCGGCGCUCGGCGCUCAGACCCAGCGAUGACUCUCCCUUCGUGAACGAAGUCUUCGACCCUUCCAGAACGGACGACGUUUUCUCUCAGAGUCCAGAAAUUCGUGCCCAGGCAAUAGCAGCAGAUCGGGCUACAAACUACGGAGUCGUCCGCUUAGACCUUCUCGAGCAUCUGUACUCUGCAUUCUAUACAUACAGAGUGAAGCAUUUGCCCGAAGAGUCCUGGCCACACCGGAUAGCGAAUCAUAGCACGGUGACAGGCGUGCACGCCGCCAAGGCAGGCGAGCGUAGCGUGCUGCGGCUCCAGAUCCAAAAUGAAUCUCAGGCGUACGGCCGCAGCAACAUACCUCAAAAACAAGAGCUGGAUGUCGAUAUGGUGAUUGUGGCGUGCGGGUACGAGCGUAACGUCCACGAAGACCUCAUGCAAGAUCUGCAGGCAAUGAGACCCGAAGCAGACUCAGCGGGUUGGACAGUAAGCAGGAAUUACGCAGUGAAGUUUGCGGACGACGCUCUUGAGUGUGAUCGAGGCAUCUGGCUUCAAGGAUGCAACGAGAAGACGCAUGGCCUGCCCGACUCACUGCUUUCUAUACUCUCGGUGAGGGCGGGAGAAGUGGUAGACAGUAUUCUGGGAGGAGGACCAGACGGCCAGAGGAAGACAAUGGUAGAUAGCGUACUUGGUGCGGCAGGCCAGUAAAUGUACUGCUGCUGCCUAACUUCACUCGUCCAAAGCGGCGUUUGCCAGCGCGUCUGCCGCGCGGUUCCGCUCGCGGCCGACGUACCAGAAACUCACCACUAUACCCCCAUCAUCGCCGUAUUCCAUCUCAUCCAGCGUGUCAUGCAGGUCCCACAGCCUCUCGAAAUGCGCCACUCUCCGGCCGUUCGCCGUGAUGCCAUUAUUUGCAAUCCAGCCUUCCAUCCACUCCGACAUAGCUCUCACCAGAAAAGCGGAAUCGGUAGCAAUCUUGAUAUCACUCAGCUGAAGAUCGUGACUGCAGAUGCUCUGGAGCACCGGAAGCGCGUGUGCAAGCGCUUCAAUCUCCGCUCGGGUGCUUGUUUGCGGCAUGUGAGCAGGCACGAGUCCCCACGUAUUGUAAGGCGAGUUCGGGCCGAAGUAGAUGCCAUAGGCAGCACGUGCAUUCCGGGUGCCAUUGCCGCGACAUGCGCCGUCGAUGUGUAUGACCAUGGUCGAUUCGUCUCUGUAUGGAGCAGACGAACUAUGUGCCUGGAAUCGGAGCUGGGAGACACCUUUUCUUGCGUUGUACACUAUCAGGUUGUUGCGUGGUAUGUGAUAUCGGCCUGGAUCUGCACCAGGUACGAAGAGGCGUCUGAUUUCUUCGCCGUAUUCAUUCUGCAUGUUGCCGUCGGGCUGUGUUGUUUGAUCUGGUGGUCAAUUGAUAUGGAGUGACGAGCUUCUUUGAGCAUCUUUAUGUCACGUCAGAAAGGUGGAAGGAGUGGUGGGUUG